GUGGCACGGAAUUGGCCAUAGGAAUCCGAUCUCAAAUUCCAUGGAAUUACACUGUAACUAACCCCAAUUUCUCUCUAAAAGCCAUCAUUUCCUAAAGUUGUCUCUCACUCUACAGAUUUCAUGUGGUAGACAAACAUGAUUUUUGAACCCGGAAUCCAAAUUCAACCAACUGGAAUCUUAUUAAAAAUUGGAUUUAAUUUCAUUCCUACCGAUGAAAUGAAUUCUUGUUACCAAACGGUCUGUUAGGGGAGUCAGCAACCAAAAAGGCAUUCUAGAACUUGCACGACAAGUUUGGAACCCUGCUGAAAUGUGCAAGGAGAUGGCAACUUCGCCUUUUCUUUCUUGGUCUUGGCGGCCGCCGGCGCGAAAGCUAGGUGCAGGGCCCCGUAGAUGUUGUGGCUUGCACGGCGACCCGGAAACAAGUAGCUGCCCCCGGUAUCGUCGGCCCACAGAAAAACGUUUCCCUUCGGCUGCAACCUGCAGGCUGCAGGUAAAGAACUCUACAGGAGUCAGAAGUGUCGUGCCAAUACCUGUACUUCCUGUACUACCUUGGCCUCGAUACACCCGAAGUACAACGGCAAAACGACGGGCGUGAAAACGGCGGCUCUUCUGCUCGGAGCGGCGAACGAGUCAACAAAGCGGCUCGGUUUGUCCGGUUCCAUUCCGAGGUUGGCAAGGAGAUGGACACGUCUACGUUCUCAUUCUCGGCUCCCCAUCUCUCUCCACGGUGGCCGGUGACUUUCUCGACGGUGCUAUCGUCCUCUCGGCUUCGGAUCCUUCACGAGAGCUUGGAGUAUAGCGUUGGGGAUCAGACUCUCCUUCUACGGGAUGAUCGCGAGUGUAUCAUCGAUCGCUCUUCUCGACCGGGGUUCCAGUUCCAUGGGCAGUCGGUCACGCUUCCCUGCUACGUGGUACACGGGAGGGCGGAUCCCUCGAGUGGGUGUGCACCUGAGGUUCUUGUCCUUGGUGCGAUUCCGCCACGUACAAAGGAUCCAGGCGUGCUUGGGGCGGCGCCGGGGUCUACAGGACGUGUGGCGGCGGGAUCUACCAUUCCUCAUGUGAUCAAUGGUGGUUUUGCUUCUGCCAGAAGGGACCCAGUGGGGUCUCCGAGUGGAGUUGCCUCUACUUUUCCCCUCGGUGAGUCCGAUCUUGAUGCUUGUUUACAUCAUUUUUGGUCUAGAUCUAGGGUUUCGUCUCCUGCUUGUCCUCGAGGCAAUUCCUUUGGGUGGUGGCGGGGCAAGGUAGCGGGGGAUUCCAGAUCUUUUGCUCAGGUGGUGAGAGACCCGGCACCCAUGGCGGAUCAGAGCGCCCGUUUCAACUGGGGCCAUCACCUUGAUGGUUUCGGCGCGAGUCGUCAAGGGCGUGGUGCUGGGCGCCAGGAUCGGGGUCGAGCGCGGCCGAACGUCUGGAAACGCAACUCGCCAGAACUGCAGUCUUCUUCGACUUAUGGUGGAUCGGCUGCGGCUGGUCGCUGGGAGGUGGCGGCGGCGACGCAAGGUGUUCGUGUGGGGACGCAGCCAGAUCGUUGGGCGCUGGCGGCGAUGGGCGACCAGGAUAACAGAUCUGCUCAAGGGGGGCGCUCGGAGACGAAUCGCUCCAAUCCCGGUAACAUUGUUCCUUGUAGUCACUGCAAAUUGACUGCUCAUCUUUCUGCCCGAUGUCCUUCUCUUGUGUGUGAGCGUUGUGGGAGAUCUGGUCAUUUGCAAGCUUCUUGUAUGGUCGUUCUUCCUUGGGAAUGCAUGGCUCAGAUGUGUGCUUGUCUAAGGGUCAGGGUUUUUUUUACAUGCAUGAUGCUGCCUCUGCUAAACAGUUGAAAGAUCGUUCUAGUAGUGUGGUUAUCUCUGUGAUAGAGGGGAUUGCUUCUUGUAGGGAGAUUGAAAAUGAGUUCACAAAAUUCUUUGCUUCGGGUUGGAGGUGUACUGCUAGGCAGAUUGGUCCUGACAAAUAUGUGAUGCGUUUUCCUAAUGCUCGCGAGGUUGAGAAAGCUUGUUACCAAGAUAGAUUCACUAUGUGUGGUUGUGCUGCUACUUUACGCUUAACUCACUGGACUACCUCUGUGGGAGCUAAAGCUGAGCUGAACAUUGCCUGGGUGCGUGUCUCUAAUAUUCCUACUGAUAAGCGUACUGAGAGAAAUGCUUCCUUUGAUGCUUCCUUAGUUGGUGUGCCUUUGGAAAUUGAUACGUCUACUUUGCAUAAACCUGAGUACGUUCGUGUUCUCUUGGGAUGCCGAGACAUUACCUAACUUCCUGAGGUUGCUGAGAGAUGUUUGGGCCGACAUUUCUAUGAUUUUUUCUAUGACGUUGACUCUGUCAUUGUGGGUGAGAAUCCUAAGAAUGCCAGAGGUGUGGCUGUGGAUGGUCAAGAUCCUACUAUGGCUCUUUCUCCUAACAAGUGUCCUAGAAUGGAUAUCGAGCCUCCUAUGAGUGAGCAGAAUACCUUUGGUAUGGGAGGUGCUGGGAGCUCCAGGCAUAAUACUGGCAACUAUUCUACUAGGGUGGGCCUGGACUUUUCUUCUCCUACCGUUAGUAAUGUUUAGGUGGUGCUUUUGCAAAUGCCUACUUUGCAGGAUGUUUCUGUUAAUGUUUCUCCUCUGAAUAUUGUACCUAUGCAAGGGGUUGUUCAAACUGAUGUUUUUG